AUGGAGGAAUUACCAAUCAAGCCUUCGGGAAUCUUCAUGCAACAAGACUUCAUCACACCAGAACAUGAACAAAAACUCAUUCACAUUUUCGAGAAUGACCUAGAGUGGCCAAACCGAGGGGGACGACUCUCACUUCACUACGGAUACACAUUCAGCUACAAAACAUUCGGCAUCGAUGAAGAAACACCCUUCAAGCCGUUUCCAGAAUGGCUAGUACCUUUACUGCCAACUACUGAAGGCCGUCCACCGGAUCAAGUCUGUCUUCAGCAAUACGCCCCAGGAACAGGAAUACCGCCUCAUGUUGACACCCACGGCCCCUUCGAUCAGCUCUACUCACUAUCUCUGGGUUCACCACUUUUCAUGCAAUUCGCAAACAAAGAAACAGGCGAGAAGAUUGAGGUUGACUUGUUACCGAGGAGUAUGAUGCAGAUGAGCGGUGAUUCACGAUUACACUGGACUCAUGGCAUUAAAUCUCGCAAGACAGAUACCCUACCUGAUGGAACAGUGCGAUUACGACAAAUUCGAUGGAGUCUUACAUAUCGUUGGCUUCGUGAGGGCGCAGAAUGUGAAUGCGGAAAUGAAAAGCUCUGUGAUACGGCACAACGACGAAAAGGAAUUGAGAGGGAAUAUCGAUGGAAACAAUACGAAGAAGACGCCAAGGCACCACAGUCUUAG